AUGCCCGGAGGACGAGGAAGAGGAAGAGGAAGACGAGGAAGGGGGCGACCCCGUCGUAGAGAAGUAGGACGAGGUGUGGCAGUAGAGGGCCCAUCUCAAGAAAGAUUAGAGACUGGGCCGGUAACAGUUACGCCGCCCCCAGUCUUACCACCAGUUGAGCUACCUCCUCUAGCUCCACUACAAGCUGAGCCUCCACCACCAGUACAGCCUCCACCACAAGUAGAACCUCCACCCCAGCCUACCCUACCACUCCAAGUCACACCUGAAGCUGCACCCCCAGUGGGUGGAGUAGAUGCUAAUACUAGGUUAAUGUGUGACUCCAUCCAAGCCCUAAUUCAAACCUUGGUAACCAAUCAGCAAGCCAGUCUACAACAGGCCCAGGAACAAGCCCAAGCACAGGCCCAGGCACAGGCGUUGGCACUGGCACAGGUACAGGUACAGGCACAGGCACAGGCACAGGCACAGGCCACUACUCAGGCCAAUGCCCCAGUAAACCCUCCACAACUUGUUAGAUGUUCAAACUGGAUAAGGGAUUUCAAGAGAUACGACCCUUGA